CACCCGUAUGUCGCUAAUGUUGCGGGGGUUGCUGUGUGAACUUGUUUUUGUCGCAGCAGUCAUAUCUAGUGAGCCGCAGUUCGAAACGUGCGAGAGCGACGAUUGUCCAGAACCGAGCGGCGAGCGAGAAUUCCGUACUGGCAUGGCGUGGAGGUCGAGCGGCUCGACAAACGCAGAACUCAUUUCUCAACUCGUUGCGAAUCGCGUGAUAACAAGCAAGCGUGUGGAAGAAGUCAUGCGCUCCAUCGACAGAGGAGAAUUCAGCAAGGCCAAUCCAUAUACGGAUGCUCCUCAGGGUAUUGGGUAUGCUGUAACGAUCAGUGCACCUCACAUGCAUGCGUAUGCCCUGGAAUUGCUGCAAGAUCAUCUGGUCGAAGGAAAGUCGGCACUCGAUGUCGGAUCAGGCAGUGGGUACUUGACUGUAUGCAUGGCAAAGAUGAUUGGGAAAGACGGCAUUGCGGUCGGUGUCGACCACAUCGACGAAUUAGUGAAGAAAUCAGAAGAAAACGUGAGGAAAUCGCAUUCACAUUUGCUGGACGGCCCAAACCCAUUGAUCAAACUCGUAGUUGGAGAUGGAAGGCAAGGUUACUUACCUAAUUCCCCGUAUGAUGCUAUUCAUGUUGGAGCCGCUGCACCCGGGAAACCGCAGGCACUGAUUGAGCAACUCAAACCGGGAGGAAGGCUGGUGGUGCCCGUCGGACCGGACGGCGGGAACCAAGUACUACUACAAUACGACAAACUGACAGACGGUAGAGUGAUGAAGAAGGAACUGAUGGGAGUGAGAUACGUGCCGCUUACAAACAAGCAGGACCAAUGGCCGUAACAUUAAAUAGAAAGAGAGAACUAAACACUCGUUUCUACGGUACUAAAUAGAUUCCCAACCCUAAUCCUCUGUUGCUGUUGCUUUCGUACUCUGAGCGAUAAUAUAGAAUGCAGCAUGA